AUGGAGGCUUCAAAGCGUGCUGCAUAUGUGAAGAAGAUUCAUGAGAAGACCAGAGAAGAGGUAGAAAGGAAGUCCAAGUACUAUGCUGCUAAGGCAAACAAAAAUCGCAAGAAGGUGACUUUUGAGCCCGGAGAUCUGGUUUGGAUAAAUUUGCGCAAAGAUCAGUUCCCAGAGAAGCGCAAAUCCAAGCUAAUGCCUCGUGGAGAUGGACCAUUCAAAGUCUUGGCCAAGAUCAAUAACAAUGCUUACAAGAUCGAGCUUCCUGAAGACUAUGCUAUGAGUCCAACAUUCAACGUUGCUGAUUUGUCUCCAUGCUUCGAUCAAGAGGGUCAAGAGUCGAGGACGACUCCUUUUGAAGAGGGGGAGGAUGAUGAGGACAUCCCAGGUUCACCUCGUUUAUCAUCUCAACCAUCAAGUGAAGCUUCUACAAAGAAGAUCUAUUUGGGUCCCAUGACAAGGAGCCAUGCCAAACAAAUAGCACACGAGGUGAACGCGCUCCUAGCUUAUCAUAAUUCAAAUGACCAUGAGAACUUUAUAUAG